CGCAGCAGUUGGGGGGCGGGGAGGGACGUUCGCUGGCCGCCCUGCUCCGAUCUUCCGCGGCGGGACGGGAGCCCCCCCCUCCUCCUCCCCUCCCGGUCCCUCCCCUGGGGCCGUCGGUGAGGACUCAUUUUAUUGCUUGGAAUGUCUUGAAAGAGAAGAGUAUGGAACUACACACCAUCUAGAUGGGCAAUAUAAGUAACUGUCUUUUUAAAAUCAUGCUUCAAGUUUUGCUUGUGAUUCACCCAGCGUUGGACUUCAGUUAAUUUCAGUGCCAAAAGGACUUCCAAUAGCAGCCAGACUCUGUCAUCCUGUCAUACUAUGGAGCCUUGUACAUCUGAUGAAUUUUUCCAGGCACUCAAUCAUGCGGAGCAAACCUUUAAAAAGAUGGAAAAUUACCUGAGACACAAGCAGUUGUGCGAUGUGGUAUUAGUUGCAGCCGAUCGCAGAAUUCCGGCUCACAGACUGGUGUUGUCCUCAGUCUCGGACUAUUUUGCAGCCAUGUUUACCAACGAUGUAAGGGAAGCAAGGCAAGAAGAAAUAAAAAUGGAAGGUGUGGAUCCAAAUGCACUAUGGGCUUUGGUGCAAUAUGCCUAUACAGGUCGCCUUGAGCUAAAAGAAGACAAUAUUGAGUGCCUGUUAUCUACAGCUUGUAUUCUCCAGCUCUCUCAGGUUGUAGAAGCUUGCUGUAAAUUCUUAAUGAAACAGCUUCAUCCAUCAAAUUGCCUUGGAAUCCGCUCCUUUGCUGAUGCACAGGGUUGCACAGAUUUGCACAAAGUGGCCCACAAUUACACCAUGGAGCAUUUCAUGGAGGUAAUCAGAAACCAAGAAUUUUUAUUGUUGCCUGCCACUGAGAUUGCAAAGCUUUUAGCAAGUGAUGACAUGAAUAUUCCAAAUGAAGAGACCAUUCUGAAUGCAUUGCUCACGUGGGUGCGACACGAUUUGGAACAGAGGAAGAAGGAUCUCAGUAAACUCCUGGCCUACAUCAGGCUGCCACUGCUUGCGCCACAGUUUUUGGCGGAUAUGGAAAAUAACACACUCUUUAGAGAUGACAUUGAAUGUCAGAAACUCAUUAUGGAAGCAAUGAAAUACCAUUUGUUGCCAGAGAGACGACCCAUGUUACAAAGUCCCCGCACAAAGCCUAGAAAGUCUACCGUUGGUGUAUUGUUUGCAGUUGGAGGGAUGGAUGCAACUAAAGGAGCAACAAGCAUUGAAAAAUACGAUCUCCGUACCAAUAUGUGGACCCCUGUAGCAAAUAUGAAUGGGAGAAGAUUACAGUUUGGAGUGGCAGUACUGGAUGAUAAACUGUAUGUUGUCGGCGGUAGAGAUGGACUGAAAACGCUGAAUACUGUGGAGUGUUACAAUCCCAAAACAAAAACUUGGAGUGUAAUGCCACCUAUGUCUACUCACCGGCAUGGACUUGGGGUAGCUGUGUUGGAAGGUCCUGUGUAUGCUGUAGGAGGGCACGAUGGCUGGAGUUACCUGAACACAGUGGAAAGAUGGGAUCCACAGGCACGCCAGUGGAACUUUGUGGCUAGUAUGUCAACUCCAAGGAGUACAGUAGGUGUGGCGGUACUAAGUGGAAAAUUAUAUGCAGUUGGUGGUCGAGAUGGCAGCUCUUGUCUCAAAUCAGUGGAAUGCUUUGAUCCUCAUACUAACAAGUGGAUGCUUUGUGCUCAAAUGUCAAAACGAAGAGGAGGCGUUGGAGUAACCACCUGGAAUGGGUUCCUCUAUGCUAUUGGAGGCCAUGAUGCACCGGCUUCACUGACCUCACGACUGUCCGACUGUGUAGAGAGAUAUGACCCCAAAACAGAUGUGUGGACUGCUGUGGCUUCCAUGAGCAUUAGCAGAGAUGCUGUGGGAGUCUGUCUUCUUGGAGACAAACUGUAUGCAGUUGGAGGCUACGAUGGGCAAACAUACCUUAACACAGUAGAAUCCUAUGACCCACAGACAAAUGAGUGGACGCAGGUUGCACCGUUGUGCCUAGGAAGAGCAGGGGCCUGUGUUGUGACUGUGAAACUCUAAUUACCAAAACAAAGCUUGAGUCCAGUGGCACCUUUAAA